UCCAGACCUAAUUUUUAAACUGAGACUAUGGAAGAAUGCUUUAGAUUGACGAUUGCAGUAGGCUUAUUGGACUAGUGUAUUUUAUUAUUAUUUUUAGAAUUACUAUUUUAUUUACAGAUUUGGAUUUGCUGCUGAGAUAAAGCUUGUCUUCAACACCAAACGUUGGCCAUUUGCGGUGGGUGGGUUAUAAUACAAGCAUGAAGACGGCGCACGUGUCCCAUCAACAGGCCAGCCAGCUUCUGCACAACAAAUUUGUUGUUGUUCUGGGGGACUCAAUUCAUCGUGGGGUUUACAAAGAUCUUGUGCUGCUGUUGCAGAAAGACAAUUACCUGGCUGCAUCUCAAUUGAAGACCAAGGGGGAGGAGCAAUUUGAGAAUGACGAGCUCCUUGAGGGUGGCCGAAAAGGCCAGAUGUCAAAUGGAACUCAGUACAAGGAGGUCAGAGAGUUCACGUCGGACCACCACCGUGUUCGCUUUUAUUUCGUGACUCGCAUAUAUUCUAAGUAUAUGCAGAGCAUUUUGGAGGAAUUUGAAAAGGGUCCCAAACCGGACUUGGUGAUUAUGAACUCCUGCGUGUGGGACGUGUCAAGAUAUGGGCGACAGUGGGAACCAGAUUACAUGCAAAAUCUGACCUUGCUUUUUGGAAAGAUGAGAGCCAUCCUCCCAGAAGAGGCUUUGAUAAUCUGGAACCUCACCAUGCCUCUGGGAAAGAAUAUCAUUGGUGGCUUUUUGGUGCCAGAGGUUGCAGAAUUUGGCCCAAAUUUGCGUUUUGACAUCAUCGAGGCCAACUACUGCAGCGCCACGCUGGCCAGUGUGUACGGCCUGGACGUGCUGGACCUGCACUUCCAGUUCCGCUUCAGCCUGCAGCACCGGAUGAGGGACGGGGUGCACUGGAACGCUGUGGCCCAUCGCCGAAUGACCAGCUUGAUGCUGGCGCAUAUCGCCAAUGCCUGGGGCGUCGAGCUGCCACCAUCACAGCCUCCAACAGGUCUUGAUCAGAGCUUUAGCGAGCAAGUUCCAGCCAAGGAGGUUCAGCAGCAACCAUGGAAAGCCCAGAACUCAGGCUAUAGGUGCAGACCAAAGGAAUGGAGAUACAACAACUACCCAGUGCCAGCCACCCCCUGGAUGACCUCAAACUCAGGCUACAGGUGCAGACAAAAGGAAUGGAGAUACGACUACCCAGUGCCAGCCACCCCCUGGAUGACCUCAAACUUCUACGGAGGAAACCGUGACCAAUGGCCGGCACCUUCUCAUGUUCGAGAGUACGAUGACCAAUGGAUGGAAUCUCCUCAUAUUCGUCAAGACUUCGCCAGAGACUACGUUCCACCUCAGGCUGCGCCGUCUUACGAUCCAGGCUUCUUUAUUGGUUACCCACAACAGGACUCCAAUGAUUACCAUUAUGUGAUGCGGAAGAAGCACUCCAGGAAUGCACAUUACAGGCCAUACUGAGAGCAGCCUUUUAGAUUUUAGAUUGGAACAAUUUUAGGAUUUUUAUGUUUUUAUUUAUCAUAUUGGUUGGCUCACAUUGUAUUCUUAAUAAAAUUAGACUUGUUUGUUUAA